AAAACUCAUCAAGAUCGCAGAGACGUGGAUUGAACAGCCACCGCAAAAGGGAAAGCUGUUCCGUACCAUGGAUUAUCCCUCCAAGGGUAAUGGCCGCCAUCUCAAGCCCAAAGACACUGUUGAUGAAGACGUCGAUGAUUGCGUUGAAGCAGGUGCUCUGGAGAUCGCACAUAUCUACGGCUCUGGCCCUUACGCAUGGGACAGCUGGCGCAUCUUCUGCCGCGACAAGUUCCGCGGUGUCGCUGACGGCUAUAACGGUGAAGGUGUACCCGGCUACAAUCCUUCCUCACAGACCGCGAACGAGUCAGACUUUGAGCCAGAGUGGAAGCGUGUGAUACCUUUGGAUAAAGAGCUACGAGCAUGCUUACGCUGGAUGUGGCUACGCGAAGGUUGGGAAUGGGAUCCUUUGACCGGCAAAAAGCAUAAAGCUGCUCCAUCCCUCUUACGCGAAGCUUCAGAUGGUAUAGCUACCUGGGACGAACCCGUCGCCAUGAAUCCUCACAACGAAGACCCUACUACCAUCAAGCAAGAAAUCUCAGCACCUCGUGGCGCUGCAGCCCUGGUCCCAAGCAUCAAGGCCGAAGAAGUCAAGACAGAGGAUGCACAACCCGCCAAGAAACGCACCAGAAGAUCUAGAAACUCGGGUGCUUCGAAGCGUGCAGUCACUCCCCCGUCAGCAGUCGAGACCAAGGAACAUGCUACCCCUGCUGUUGCCGCUGCUGCUAAGGUGUUGAAUGCAGAGCCAGAGAUUAUGACGUCGCGGUUGAGACCCAGAGCUGGUCGUACGGAUGCCAUUACUUCUGCUGCUGUUCCUGCUACGCCUAGUCGUCGUCGUGCACGUAAGUAGAGGACCGUCUCGUAGGACAACUGUAUUCUUGUCUAGAGCCAUUGGUGGUAUUCCACACAAAUAACCUUUCAUAGCGAAAAAAAACAAUACAGG